AUGGCACCCUUCGUGCCACUGAAGUCUCUGGAGUCGCCUCAGAGGCUCCCGGCGACAGCCGAGUCGAAGCUGGAGCCGGAAACCAUCGAUCGUCAGGCCUUGAAGCAAGGAGAAUUGAGAGCCGUAGAGGCGAUGCGGAGAAGCUGUCCCUUGCCCUUGCUCUCCUUGCAGAUGGAUGGUCGUCCUCCGCAGACCGCGGCGGAGCAGCUGGAAGUUUUCACAGGUCCUUGCGGGCGUCGUGUCCCUCUGCCCGUGCGGCUGGAAGGUGCCUCGGAGCCCAAGGAGCUCCUGCGUUUGAACCUGGAAGCGAUGCAGUUCAGCCGGCGCUGGUCACCAUGGAGGCUUCAUUGCCCCGUCUCGCUCUAUGAGAAGCAGCUGACCCCAGGAGUCGAGGAAUUUGCUGUGGACUAUGCAGGCUACGUCUUCCUCUUUGCCGGAGAGGACCCAAUGCGCCGCUUCUGUCAGUGGCCGAAACGCUUCUUGACAGAGAUGCCUUGCAUCAACGCGCCAGGUAUGACCUUAGGCUUCGUCCUCCUGAGCCCUGCAUCCUUCCGAGCCACUUCGCUGGUCCAGCGGCUCCAUGACGUCUACGGCUUCGACGCGGUGGACCCGCUGCGGCUCUUGCAGCUGGCCCUGAAGCAGCCGCCGAUGCCCGAGGAGAUCCCCGAAGAGGGCACGGUGCCCGUGCCGCUGGAGACGGAGCCCUACCUGUUAGCCUCGGAAUACCAGGAACUGCGAGCAGGCAAGACGGUGUCGACCACGACUUUCCUGCGACUCAUCGCGAAACAGCUGGGGAUUGAGAAGAACUUGACCUUGAUCCAAAAACAGGCGGAAGCUCUGGAAGAUGCCAAGAAACGCUUGGAGGAGGCACAAGCGAAUGGCAGCGAUCCGCCGGAAGGAAUCGUGCUGGAUGAUGAAGGUCAGCCAGUGGUUGAACUCGAAGAGCCCUUGAAAAAACCAUCCAAGGGCUACGUCCUGCAGGGCUUCCCGGAGUCGGCAGAGCAAUUGGAAGCCAUGAAGUUGAAGAUGGGCCUUGUGCCAGAUCAGGUGCUAUUGCUGAAGGUCUUGGGUGAAGAGGCGCCUGAGACCCUGGAGAUUUUGCAGAAAGAAGGUCUGGGUGCUUCUCAACCCCUGCAGCCCCUCCUGGAGACUCAGUUGACUUCCUUUGAGGGAUUGACUGCGGUGGAAGGAUUGAAGGUCUCGGAGGUGGCAUUGGAGGUGACAGAGGAUGAGCAAUUUGUGCAGAUCAGAAAGCACAUCGAUCCCUUUUACCAGGUGGUGGAGGCUGAGGCCAUAGCAGCGGAGAUCCCAGACCCGGAGGAAUGGACGCCGCCCGAAGAGGACCCCGAUGAUCCAGCUGCGGAGCCUGAAGAACGGCCCAUCAUCCAGUGGGGCACUUGCGGCCCUUACUGUCCUGUGACUCUCAAGGCGCAACGCUGGCUGUACCCAGGCCAAAAGGACUUCCAACACGUCUACCGCAACGUUGUCUUUGCGCUGGGCAAUGAAAGGGCCAGCGAGGCCUUUGUGAAGGAACCUGCCGCCUACGUCCAGACGGAACCUGCCCUGCCGCCUCCCCGGAUUCUGGUCACGGGACCCACGGGCUCGGGCGUGGCCCGACAGUGCGAGAUGCUGGGCGAGGUCUACAAGAUUCCAGUCCUCAAACUCGAAGAAGUCUGGAGGAGCAAGGUGGAGAAGCGUUUGAUGCAAGUCAAGGAGGCUCGCAAAGCGGCGCAGAAGAAGGAAGCGCUGGAGCAGAGCAUGUUGGAGGACGACAAGCCCUUGUUUCCAGAGGGUUGGAUGCCGCCCGAAGAGGUGCCUGAGGAUGCAGAGGAUCCAGCUGAUCAGGCCCCACCAGAAGAGGAAGAUGGCUUAGAUGAUGAGCAGAGGGAGGAACUCUUUGUCAUGGCCAUGAAGGAUUCUCUGGGACCCCAUUGUGGUGCCUGCAUUCUCGACGGCACCUGGUUUGGAGAUUUGAAGGAUGAGGAGAUGUCAGAGGAGAUGAAAACCGCGAGGUCGCUGCAGAAUUUGUUGGUGAAGGCACAACGUCUGCCAGAUUUCACGGUCGUGCUGAAGUGCAAGAAUGACUUCGCUGCCAAGAAGACCUUUGAUUUCGAAAGCAUCGACCGGGACUACGAGGCGCGACUGGCAGAAUACAAGGCACAAGUUGCGGCAGCGGAGGCAAAGGAGGAAGAGCCACCAGAAGCACCGGAGGGUCUGGUGACCGAUGAGACCGAAGAAAAGGAAUCAGACCGCGUCAAGGCACGGUUCAUCGAAAGCAAGUCGGCUCAGCAACAGGUGCUGAAGGACAUGAUGGAGGUCUUUCAAACCUCCCGGGCGCCACUGCAGAAGGUGUCCUCGGAUCGUGGAGAUGGGCCCACGCACAAAGCCAUUAGGUCCCACUGCCGUCCCUAUCUGGAACAGCGCGGCAGCUUGCUGCUGCGGCAUCAGCUACGAAAGGUCUCCAACUUGAAGGCGGACGAUCAGUUACGACGAGGAUUUGAGCUGUUCCGAGAUUUCCGGUAA